AUGUAUGGUUUAAUAAUUGACCAUAUCGCCACCUAUAUCAAAGAGAAAUAUGGCGAAUCAGCAUGGGCUGAAGUCAAGGUAUGUUUAAUUGUCAAUUUGUUAUUUUCCUACUCCCAAGGACGAGAUCAUCUAUCUCUAUCUAUCGUUGGUUACCCCCGUUUUUCCUUUUUUUUAUAGAGAGAAAGAUAGAUAACAGAGGGGUUAUUAUUAUUAUAGGUGUAUAAUAAUAAAAAUACAAAACAAAACCAUGAUUUCCUUUCAUAGAUUGAUACUUAUCUCUUAUAAAGCUCUCCGACAUGUGUCAUUUUUUAUUUUCUCAUCAAGGUUUCUUGGGAGAGACAAUGAUUUAUUGCGACAUGUAUUGUACAUCAUAAUAAUCAAGAUUUGUGUGGGAGUUAACAUAAGAUAAGAAUUCAAAUCUUGGUUUGGUUUUAAUGUCAAAGAAUUUUUUUAUUGAAAAAAAAUUAUUGAGGGGGUUUAGAAAAUCAAACUGUAUAGUUUUGGGGAUUUUCCAAAACUAGACUACACUAUAGUUUUGAAUUUUAUCUCUUUUAUUAUUGAAAAUCAAAAGUACACAUCAGCACCUCUUUUUUUAUGUAUAACAUACCGGUUUGUUAAUACUAAAAGUACAUUUAACAAUAUAUAUUUAAAAAAAGUAUUACGAAUAAAUUGGUGAGAAAAUCCAUUCAAAAUUACAUAUUAUACAUAUUAAUUUCAUUUGCAGUUUGUAUCGGGGAUUACUGAUGACACAUUUCAAAUGGAUGGUAUUUUUUCGGAAGGUUUACCACAUAAAUUAAUUUGGGCAUGUAGAGAUGUGACAAAUGUGGCGAUUGACGAGCUUAUGACAAAUAUUGGACACAGUUUUUAUAAAUUUUUGGGAAAGUAUGAAUUCAAUAAGGUUUUGAGAGUUCUUGGAAGAACUUUUCCACAAUUUUUGAAUGGUUUGGAUAACCUUCAUGAAUAUUUGCGUUUCACUUUUCCGAAAUUGAAACCACCUUCAUUUUAUUGUGAACAUGAAAGUCGAACUGGAUUAACACUUCAUUAUAGGUAUAGUUUUCAUUUCAAAAUCAAAAAAAAUUAGAGGAUAUUAUUGACAUCUGGAUAAUUUAUCAAAAUCAUGUGUCUAUAAAUAAAUAAACAAAAAUUGUUAUGAAAAAUGUCAUAAAACAAUUAAACAUAUGGCACCCAUCAUAAUAAAAAAACAAAACUUUUUUGUAGAAGUAAACGACGUGGCUUUUUACACUAUGUCCAGGGACAAAUUCGUAAUAUUGCUAUGGAACUUUUUCAAACUGAAGUUGUGAUUGAAUUAUUGGAUGUUGAACAUGAUCUCAAUUUGGAACACGUUAUUAUGCGACUCCAUUUUAAUAAUCUUGAUUUCACCAGAAUUGAUAGUGUUUAUAGAUCAAUGCAUGAUUCAGCUCUUGAAAAACUCAAAAUUACUUCAGAUAUCUUUUUUGACAUUUUCCCAUUUAUUAUUGUUUUUAAUCGGGGAAUGAGAAUCAGGUAUGAAGUGUUUUUCCAAGAAUUCUCAACGAAGACCAUUUUCAGAAACAUUGGCAUCGGACUUCUUCGAAUUAUGUCUGGAGUUGUCGGCAAAAAGAUCAAUCAAGCUUUUUUAUUGAUGCGUCCGUUUAUACGAUUCAGAUGGGAAGAGGUUUGUCACACACCUUAUCAUCAUAUUCAUUCGAAUAUAGUUGUUUCCCAUACAAAUUUAUGCAAAUCUCUUUUUUUUUGUUGAUUGAUUAUGAAUUGAUAAAAAAGGACGCGUGUGACAAUCGUAAAUAAUAAAGAAUAAAAAUAAUAUUAUAAUCGAAUGAUAAUAAUGUGUUUUUUUGCAGAUUAUGCUCUAUUCGAAUAAUAUAUUCGAAUUGAUAUCGACCGAACCAAUACAAGAGGAUGAAGAUAGUUUAUUGGUUUAUAAGGCUAGCGAUAUUGAGCAAAGUAAUAAUUGGAAAAUAUGGGAAGGGAAACUGAAUAUUUGAAAAACUAUAGAAACAAUUUUUCAAAUUCUAGAAAGGAUAACUGAAAAUCACUACAAAAUUUUGAUUCCUUGUGGAUUCUGAAUGAUCUUUGACAAUUCACAAAUGAAAUUGAACUUAUCUUUGUUCUCGAGAUUCUCAUAUGGAAUUUUCAAAUUUAAAUUUCAAAUAUAAAACAAUUAAUUAUCUCUCGAAGCUUUCUAAUGAACAAAAAAAGAUCAUAAAUAUCGUAGUUUCUGAAUUCUCUACAAAUUAGUGCUAUUCACAUCAAAGUGAUUUAUGAGCAACCUGUCUAGCGGUUUUAUUGUUUUCAAAAGUUACAUCUUUUGAUUUUUUGAAACAGAAAUUUUUUGAAUGAUACACAUUUUUGGAUUGCUCAAAAUUGAAGAAAAAUAUUGAAAUUUUUUAGGCACCGAGGAACGUCAUCGCAUGGGCGAUUCUGAACGUCAAAAAUUCUUGACUUUAAAGGGACAAAUGUUUUAUAUGGAAGAAUGGGAAAGCAUCUGUUUUGUUGGAAUUCCAGUGUGAGUUUGCCUAACUGUUUUUCUUCUGUAUGACAAAUACAAAAACAUGCAUUUAUUUGUUUUUUUACAGAAUGAGUCAUCUUCCUCAAAUGUACAAAUCGGGAUUAUUCAUCAAUGAUUUUGCGACACACGACUCUAGUCGUGACCUGGUACUGGCAAGCACUCAACAGGCAGCUGAACUAAAAUUAUUACUGCAUCAGGUGCGAGGGGAAGACUAAUUUUUAUUGCAUCAGAUUUUAUGGGGUGCUUUACAAAAAUCAAAAAAAGUUUUUUUUUUGCAGGAAGCUCAAAAAUCUCGAAACAUGCGUGAAAAUAUGAAUCGCCUUAAGAAAGAGCGUCGUCGAACUGACAAACUUCUCUAUCAAAUGCUCCCGAAAAGUGUUGCAAAUCAAUUGAGAAAUGGUGACAGUGCUGUUGGUUGUUGUGAAAAAUUUGAAUCUGUCACAAUUCUUUUCACUGAUAUUGUCGAAUUCACAAAAAUGUGUAGCUCUUUAACACCACUUGAGGUUAUCGAGUUUCUUCAAGUUAUGUACACUAAUUUUGAUGCUAUAAUUGAUCAACACGGUGUUUAUAAAGUUGAAACAAUUGGUGAUGCUUAUAUGGUAGUGAGUGGUGCUCCACAAAGAACAACUCAUGAUGCUGAAUAUGCUCUCGAUUGUGCAAUUCAAUUUGUUGCUGAAACUGGAAAAGAAACCGAUGUGAAAUCAAAAAUCAAAACUAUAAACAUUCGAGCUGGCGUUCAUUCAGGAGCUGUUGUUGCUGGAGUUGUUGGUUUAACUAUGCCAAGAUAUUGUUUGUUCGGUGAAACUGUUUUUAUUGCGAAUCAAAUGGAACAAAAUUCAGUUCCAAUGAAAGUAUUGGUCAGUGAGGCAACUUAUGCUAAAAUUGAAAAAUCGGACCCCGGCCUUUUCCAAUUCGAUCGUCAUGAACCAAUUGAUAUUCGAGACAAAACUACAGUGGAUACAUAUUUUGUGAAAAGUCGAAUUGGUGAACCAAGAGCACCAUCCCCAAGAGCUGUUGAGAGUCGAAUUGAUGAUUCAGUUUUGGCGGGAGACGCGGAUGAUGAUGAUCAUUUAUAUGCACCAAUUCCUGGAAGAAGUUCACCAACAACCGAAGCUGAAGAUGAACUUAAAAAUAAUAAAACAUUGUGCUUCACACCGGUUUCAGAAGUUGAAAUUGAGUUAUAUUCCCGUUUGUCAAAUCGUACUCCAAGACAACAACCACCACCAAUGAGUACACCAACACCAAGAAAAGGAUAA